UCACCUGUCCUCAGUGUGAAAAGAGUUUGACAUGUAAAUAUAGUCUUGACGUUCACAUGAGACUUCAUACCGGAGAGCAACCAUUUAAGUGUUCACUUUGUGACAAGAGAUUCAGUCUUUCUGGAUAUCUGAAAAUAAACGAGAGGAUCCACACUGGAGAGAAACCGUUCACUUGUGAUCAAUGCGGGAGGAGUUUCACACAAUCAUCAAGCCUUAAGAACCACAUGAACAUCCACACGGGAGAGAAACCGCACACAUGUAAUCAGUGCGGAAAGCCUUUCAGACAAAAAGGAAACCUUAAGACACAUAUGAGAGUUCAUACAGGAGAGAAACUGGUCAUUUGUGAUCAGUGCGGGAAGAGUGUCGCAAACUCAGCUAGACUUAAGGAUCACAUGAGAGUCCACACCGGAGAGAAACCGUAUGCAUGUGAUCAGUGCGGCAAAACAUUUAUGUGGGCUUCAGUUCUGAAGAACCACCUGAGAGUUCAUACACAGGAGAAACCACAUUCAUGUCAUUUGUGUGAAAAGAGUUUUUCGCAGCUACAAAAUUUAAAAGUACAUCAGAAACUCCAUACUGGUGUGAGAGAGUACAUGUGCUUUGAGUGUGAAAAGACUUUUACUACAGCAAGAAGUUUAAAACUGCAUGAGAGGAUUCACACUGGAGAGAAACCUUACAAGUGUUCACACUGUGACAAGAGAUUCAGUCACUCUUCAAAUCUGAAAACACAUGAGAGGAUCCACACUGAAGAGAAACCUUAUCACUGCACUGAAUGUGGGAAGCGUUUCAAUCAAUCAUAUUCUCUACACAGUCAUACAAAAAAACAUUCACAGUAAGUAGGUCAUCUUCAAGCAACAGGACAAAUAAUCGUUAUCCCAAUGAAUACAUUUAAUCUUUUUCAAAACCAGCAGAUUCAACUGUGAGAUUCAGAUUAACUCAAAUAUAGUGAACUCAAGGAACUGUGAAUUUUUUAUUAUUAUUGUGCUUUCUCAUGAAUUUCAUAUUACGUUUAAUUGUCUUAUAAUGCACAUGUGCCACUUGAAGUUUGUUUACUUUUUCAUGAAGGGAAAGUAGAAGCUUCUUCC